CCGGCCUCGGACACCGACACUGACCCGACUCCCGGCCGCCCGUCGGUGAAGCGCCCGGGCUGAAUGCAUCUUCACUAGGGCUGAUGGUCUGGUGUUGAGCAGGUUCUGCUGUGAAAUGGGCUCUUACAAGAGUGAGGGCUCUCACCUGAAGCUGCUGACUUCACACAGAGAGCUGCUGGUGGAGCGGGUGAAGAACACGCAGUGCAUUCUGGACAAUCUCCAGAUGAACGGCUUCAUCUGCACCGAAGACAUCGAGAUCAUACACCGCAGCAGCACCAAAACUGACCAGGUUCGCAAAAUCUUGGAGCUUGUUCAGAGUAAAGGAGAGGAGUGCUCUGCGUAUUUCAUACACGUUCUUCAUGAAGCAUACGACGCUUACAUUGAUCUGCGGCCUUGGUUUGAAGAAAUUCGGUAUACGCCAUUAGACACUAUUAGUGUCAUACCAGUGGUGAACACAGACCCGAUUAGCAAGUACUGUGAGAAGCUCAGAUAUGAGCUGGGAAGAGACACUCAGUUCAUCACAUCGUACUCGAAGAGCGAGGAGACGCCGCUGGAGGAUCUUUACACGGACACUCAGAUGGAGCUCCUGAACGAUAGAGGUGAGAGUUUAGGAUACUUACAGAGUCUGGAUGAGCUUUUGGGAGACCAGGGAGUCUUCAACUCGCAGGCGGAGACCAUCUUCAUCACCGGCGACGCUGGCGUCGGCAAAUCCAUCGUUCUUCAGAAACUCCAGAAUCUGUGGUCCAGAAGGGAGCUGAAGACUCACGCCAAGUUCUUCUUCAAGUUCAGAUGCAGGAUGUUUAGCGCCUUUAAAGAGACCGAUGAGAUCUCGCUGAAGGAUCUGAUCUUUAAACACAACUGCUAUCCGGACAGCGACGUCGAUAACGAGGUCUUCACCUACAUCUUACGGUUCCCGGAGACGGUGCUUUUCACCUUUGACGGAUACGAUGAAAUCCAAACGGAUUUCGAUUUGGAUAACGUGCCGGAAACGGUUUCCCCGGAAGAAAAGACCCGUCCACUUUUGCUUCUCAUGAAUCUGCUUUGCGGAAAAUUGCUCAAAGGUUCCUGGAAGAUUCUGACUGCACGAAGUGGCACCGAGAUCCAAAGCAGAGUGAUCUGGAAGAAAGUCUAUUUGAAGGGAUUCUCCCCUGAACACCUGAAGAAGUACACAGCUUUGCAUUUCCCAGAGAAGGAACACAGGACAAUGGUGACCGAUCAACUGGACGCCAACCCUCACCUCUGCGGUCUUUGCUCUGUCCCGUUGUUCAGCUGGAUCAUCCUCAAGAGCUUCAAGCAUCUUCAUUCGGUUUAUGACAACUUUGAGUUGCCGGAUUCUUGCAUUACGCUCACAAACGUCUUCUUGCUUCUUUCCGAGGUCUUUCUUGGACACUCGACUGCACGUCCUGGUCUUUUAAAAGGGAGUACGAGGUGUCCUGCGGAGACUUUUAAAAAUGGAGAGCGUAAGCUUGCGGCCUUCGCUCGACUGGCCUUGAACGGUCUCCAACGAGGAGGACUUGUGUUCAGCAUUGAGGAAGUGACAUCCUGUGGAUUAGAAGAUGAAAUCCUUCAGUUUGGGUUUCUGAGGCCUGCUUCUCAUUACGAUGGAUGCGGAGGCUCUGCAACCUUCGAGUUUCUCCACGAGACCCUCCAGGCCUUCUUAGCGGCGUUUGCAUUGGUGCUGGACUCCAAAAUCACUCCUGAAUCUAUUUUAAGUUUCUUCUCCAAAUGCGAAUACAAGAGGUCGUCGCAUUUCUCCUGCUUGCCUUGCUUGAGAAAGUCGAGACCUAGAGAUAAAGACCCUUUUCAAACCAACUUCCAGUUCACCAAUUUAUUCCUGUGUGGCCUCUUGUCCAAACCCAACGCGGCACUCCUGGAGCAUCUCGUUCCUCCAGCAUCAUUGAAACAGAAGCGCAAGAUACUAAAGUCGUAUCUGUCCAACAGCGUGAGGACGCAUCUUAAAGGCCUUCCUCGAUAUCCAUCCACAGACAUUGAGGGCGACAAGGUGCAUGCAAUGCCAAACUUCUUGUGGAUGCUGCGGUGCAUAUUUGAGACAAACAGCGAGGACAUUGCAAAGAUGACGGCCAACGGCAUAUCGGCGGAUUACAUUAAGAUCGCCUUCUGUAACAUUUACUCGGCCGACUGCAGUGCGUUGAACUUUGUCCUCCACCACCGUAGGAAGCACCUGGGGGUCGACAUGGACAAUAACAACAUCAACGAUUAUGGCGUGAAGCAACUGAGACCGUCCUUCAGCAAAAUGACCGUAAUAAGAUUUUGCGUGAAUCAGCUGACGGACAGCAGUAUUGAGGUUCUGGCAGAGGAACUUAUCAGACACAAAGUCAUUAAGGUCUUGGGGCUUUACAAAAACUACAUCACUGAUGUUGGAGCCAAACUAGUAGCGAAGAUCAUUGAAGAAUGUCCACACUUGAAGGUCGUUAAGCUUGGCUGCAACAACAUCACAGGUGUGGGUGGGAAAUACCUUGCCAGUGCAAUUCACAAGAGCAAAUCUAUCUUUGAUGUAGGAAUGUGGGGAAACACCAUCGGUGACGAGGGCGCAGAUGCAUUUGCAGAGGCUUUGAAGAAUCACCCAAGCCUGACCAAUCUCAGUCUCUCUGCCAAUGGCAUAACGUCUCACGGUGGAAGAAGUCUGGCAAAAGCACUGAAGGAAAACAAAAGCCUUCACAUCUUCUGGUUGAUACAGAACAAAAUCUCUGAUGAUGCAGCGUCAGACUUUGCUGAUGCCUUCAGAUCCAACUCUGCUCUGACGCAUCUGAUGCUAAUAGAAAACGCGUUCACCAUUCAAGGAGCCAAAGAGAUGUCUGAAGGCCUGACUAACAACACUACACUGAAGGAAGUCAACAUUAAAGGAAGCCGGGUUUCUGAAGAAGAAGAACAACUCUAUGAGGGUGACAAGCGGCUUCGCUUCCACUGAGAAGAAACAUUAAAACACGUGAUUUGAGAAAAAAAAAACCUGUGAGAAAAGGAAGUUGGUGUAAUGCCACAGACACUGGUUUACUUCAGAAUCAGAAGAACCACUGUAAAGGCAAAACCCAUUUAAGACUUUCAGAUUUAUUACUGCGCGAGAUUGUCGAGUGAAUCUCUUUAUAGUUAAUAGAUCGGCUGGGAAUGACAAAAGCAAGUAAGUUAAUCAAUGCAC